AUGUCGUCAAAAAAUAGCAACGAAAAGGUUUUGGAGAUCGACGUGCACGUCAGCAAGCAUUAUGACAUCGUUCGACGUCUUGGAAAGGGGGCCUACGGCAUCGUAUGGAAGGCGAUUGACAAGAAAAACAAGGAGACGGUAGCGGUGAAGAAGAUCUUCGACGCCUUCAGAAACCAGACGGACGCGCAGCGUACAUUCCGUGAGAUAAUGUUCCUACUAUCGUUCGCCAAUCACGAGAACAUCAUACGACUGAUCGGUCUUCACAAGGCGAACAACGACCGGGACAUUUAUCUCGUGUUCGAGUACAUGGAAAUCGAUCUCCACAACUUGAUUAAGAAGGGCAACAUCCUCAAGGACAUCCACAAGGUGUUCGUCAUGUAUCAGCUGUUUAAGGCGAUCAAAUACAUUCAUUCCGGGAACGUGAUACACAGGGACCUCAAGCCGUCGAACGUUCUAUUGAAUGCUCAAUGUCACUGCAAAAUCGCCGAUUUCGGAUUGGCACGAUCGGUCACUCAAAUAGGCGAGGGUGACGGUGAAACAUCCAGCGAUCCAACUCUAACAGACUACGUGGCGACUCGUUGGUACCGUGCACCAGAAAUACUCGUUGCCUCGAAAAGGUACACAAAGGGUAUCGAUAUGUGGUCAUUGGGAUGCAUCCUCGGCGAGAUGCUCCUUGGAAAACCGUUGUUCCCUGGUUCGUCGACGAUAAAUCAAGUGGAGAGAAUAAUGGCCACUUUACCACCGCCUACCAAAGAAGAUCUAAUUUCGGUUAGCGCCGGCUACGGGACCAAUUUAUUAGAGAAGACACCGAAUGGACCGAGGCGUUCAUUGAAGGAUUUAUUGCCGGAGGUGUCGGAGAAAGCGUUGAACCUUAUCAGUAACCUGAUACUCUUCAACCCCAAUCACAGAUUAACCGCUGUUGAGGCAUUGGAGCACCCCUAUGUGGCCGAUUUUCACCGGAGGAGCAACGAACCGGAAAGAGGCUCGAGCGUGGUGCCGUUGCUCAGAGACGAUGUACAGCUCUCCGUGGACGAGUAUAGAAAUAAGCUUUAUUCGAUGAUGGACGAGAAGCAUCGCAAGCAUAAGAAUAUGUCGAAAUCCAGAAUCAGGCGACUGUCGGAGCACAUCAGGAAGGAAACUGUUAGUAGUAAUGGUAACCCGGUAAUUGGUCAGGGCGAUUCAACUGUUGGUAAAAAUCUCGCACAAUCGUACCAAGAUUUACGUAAGGAGAGAGGUAAAAGCGACGCGUACGAGCCUUCCUGUUUAGAAGUACGUGCGCAACAGCCAAGCAGGAAGACAACACGGCGUCCGCAAAUUGAUAGUGGCGAAAGAAUUACGAAGACCAGAUCGAUCAGUUCCUCCGUGGAACCACAGAUACAGAACACCAAGAAUCUUCGAUCAACCGCUAAAACCGUGGCAACUCAGUACACGUGCAACUUCACGAAUGGAAAUUUGAACAACUUGACACCCGGCGGGACCAAGAGUUGUCUGUAUCUGAAUCAACAACACCGACAGCUGUCGAAAUCUCAGCGUUCCAUACAGUCGGACCAAACGAUGGCGUGUGCAGCACCUGGUGCAAGAUUGACGCAAGCGACGCCAGGAAAUCGAACCAAGCUUCGAAGGAGUUGCAAACAGAUCCGUGCACCGACUCGACUAUCAUCGGAGGUGAAUUGGCGAGAGGAGAAUCAACAGAAGACUUCGUUCCCUCGCGACAGCCCUAAGAGCCUUCAGACGAAGUUCUUCGCGAGAACACCGGAGAGUACGACCACGUAUUACCCGAAGAGUAACGGCGGUAUCGAUAAGAGUAUGAACACCGCGAAAUCUACGUACAAUUCUUAUCAUCCUACCGUGAAGAAUCAAGCUAUACGAAAUUAUCUGAAUCAAACGCUGCCUUCGCGCGUCGAGGAGCACUCGCAGUCUCACACGAAUCGAACGACGAGGAACAGUACGGAUUUUCAUCUGACCCUCCGCUCCAACGCUGCUAAUACAGAGAAAUUACAUCAGGCUAACAAUUAUCAUCCGGUUGGGAACAAUCGAUCGAGAAACGUGGCACAAACUCGUGACUACGUCACUGGUACGACAAUGCUAUCGCAGAACAGCGAGAAGAAGUCAACGUUGAUACGUGGCUCGCCUUUUCUGGACAGUUACAGCCAAAGUCACGGCGUGAUAACUGCGUCCGCGUACAAGGACCUACGAAACGGGACUCUAAGAUGGUAA